AUGGUCGAUAUUGUCGUUCUUCCCAUAAAUGUAACAGUUGCAGAGGGCAACAUCAUAGUAGUAUUUGUGGAACAUGGAAUGAGAGUGAAGGAAGCUUCUGCAUUAUGCUCCACGUUCCUAACCCACGUAUUACGUGUAGACGGAUUGUGCUCGAAUACGCAAUUAGAGAAGGAAUUACGUGCCUUCUGGGAUAUAAAGUCUCUGGGUAUUACAGAGAACGAAUCACUUGUGCAAGGACAGUUUAAGAAUCAUGUCAGUUUUCAAGAUGGAAGAUAUGUAGUAGCCUUGCCAUGGAAGGAUUCGUGCCUUCCAUUGAGUAAUAAUUUUCGAUUGAGCCUGUGCAGACUGAACAGCCUUUUUAAGAGAUUGAAAGACACGCCAGAUUUAUUAGAGAAAUAUGACGCUAUUAUUAGAGAACAGCUUGAUUUAGGCAUAGUAGUACCAGUAGAUGAUAGUAUGAUUAGCCCAAGUACCACGAAAGUUCGCAUCGUUUACAAUGCCACAGCCAAGGCUGACAGCCCAUCUUUAAAUGAUUGCCUUCAUACUGGACCUUCACUUCACAGGAAGAUAUUUGAGAUUUUAGUGAGAUUUCGGGCCUAUCCAGUAGCUUUAGCCUCAGAUAUAGAGAAGGCAUUUUUGAUGAUACAAGUGGCCAAGCCUGACCAAGAUGUUUUUUGA